UUAGUCCACAGAUUUUCCACAACUAUAAAUUCAAAGCAAAUUGCAAUUGUAUUCCAUUCUGUGCAUGUUUCUGUUAGAUUAAGCGGGUGGAUUAUUGUCUCAUUUGCCUCUUCAAUUAAGAUGGCUGUUGAAUACUAUGAUUUUGGGCCUCACAAGAUCCACCACAGUUCAGUGUUCCAUACAACUGAUCUUUCUUUUGCCUUCGUCAACCUUCGUCCUUCUGUGCCAGGUCAUGUUCUUGUCUGUCCUAAGCGCGAAGUGAAGCGUGUUACCGAUCUCACUGAUGAAGAGACUAUAGAUUUAUGGUACAUAGCUAAGAGACUCGGUAGGCAGCUAGAGAACUACCAUAAGGCAUCAUCACUUACAUUUUGUCUCCAAGAUGGACCUCAUGCAGGGCAAUCAGUGCCUCAUGUUCAUAUCCAUAUCCUUCCCCGGAAAGCUGGUGAUUAUGAGAACAAUGAUGACAUUUAUGAGGAUAUAAACGAAAAGGAGAAGCAGUUCCAUCAAUCACUUCAGGAGGAUAAAGAAAAGAGAGACAGGAGCAUUGAAGGAAAGAGAGAGAGGAGCAUUGAAGAAAUGGCUAUUGAGGCCGAUGAAUACAAGAAAUUUACCUUUUGAUAGUUUUAGGUGGCACCAUGAAACAAAAUAUGAAGAUUACAAACUGAAAAUCUAUAUAAAAAUGUUUUCAUCAAGGGAACAUAAUUUGAUGGUUGUGUUAGUGUUUCAUAAAAUACAUUUACGUUGUCUAAGGAGUUCUGAAAAAAAUGUUGUGUUUGAAGUUUUCCCUGUUGUUCUUCAGCCUAUUUGGACGAUUUCAUGUAUGCCCUUCUCUUAGAUAAUCAACUUAUCAAGCUUUGGUCAA